UCUGACGUCACCGUCCGCACAGGCCGCUCUGCCAGCCAGCCACAGAACAGGCCGGCUUCAGUCGCAGCUGAGAGAGGCUACGAGCCGGUGUGCCGAGUUACACAGCUACGCAAGGCAGCGCCGUGCGUGCGCCGCGGCCAUCGUGUCCUUGGGCGGGAGGCUAAGUUGCACUACGCGACGCUUAACGCAGCGGAAUGGUCGUGGCGACGAGCUACUACUGGCAGGAAGCGAGCUACGGCGAGGUGCCGGCGCGGGCGGUGCGCGCGGGCAGCGACAAGGACGGCGGCCCGCUGUACGUGGGGAGAGCGCCGCACGCCGGCGACCUACUGCCCGCCAAGGUGGCGCCCACGCACCAGGGCGCCUUCGUCUCCUGGAACUGCCUCGAGCACUCCAAGUUCCACUACGAGGUGCUGGUGCUGGGAGCAGGUGUUGCAGAAUGGGUGCCAUCCAGUAAUGGCGAGGUUCCCGACGGGGCUGUCCCCGUGGGACAUACGACGGAUGGUGAGACCCUCUAUGUAGCCAGGGUCCAGCAUGAUGGCACAACAACACCAGGAAAGGUUCACCAGUCACAUUCAGUCUGCUACAUUCCUUAUGGAGGAAGAGAAAUUGCUUAUAGUCAUUAUGAGGUUCUUGUCAUCUAGGCCUGUCUCAAUGUUGACAGAUAACUUGCAGGAGAAAGAUUUCUCAGGUACAAGAUUUUCUGUUUUAAGAAAACUCAAUUUGCCAGUGUGUGUGUAGUUAAUGACAUUGAGCACAGACAGAAGUAAAUUAUCCUUAACACUUGGAAAAGUGAUCUUGAAUCGAGACAUUGUUAUUUAUUUUUUGUAUACUUUGAAUUUUAAUAAUACAGUAUUGUUAAACACUAAACCUUUCUAAUAAAUACUACCUUACAGCAGGCUGUGUUCAUGAUUGCAUGUGAAUCUUUGUUUUAUAAAGAUUGUCAUUGAUUAUGUAAAAUUGUAUAAUGUUAAAUAAAGACAAAAAUGGCCUAAGGAA